AUUUUCUCCUGUUCAUCCCUCAGGAGCACUAGGAGCACUAUCGACUGCUCCGAAAUUUUAAGAGCAGAGAGAAUCAGCUGCAGUUGCAGAGGAGAGGAAGCAAGAAGGAGAAAAAAUGGAGGUUGGGUUCUUGGGUUUGGGCAUCAUGGGGAAGGCAAUGUCCAUGAACCUCCUUCGACAUGGAUUCAAGGUUACUGUCUGGAACAGGACACUGUCUAAGUGUGAAGAGCUUGUAGAACACGGUGCCUCCAUUGGAAAAACCCCUGCAGAAGUAGUCAAGAAGUGCAAGUACACCAUAGCAAUGUUGUCAGAUCCAUCUGCUGCUCUUUCAGUGGCUUUUGAUAAGGAUGGUGUUCUUGAGCAAAUUUGCAGUGGAAAAGGUUAUAUUGAUAUGUCAACAGUUGAUGCUGAUACUUCAUCAAAGAUCAGUGAGGAAAUUACAAAAAAAGGUGGAUGUUUCCUUGAAGCUCCAGUGUCAGGUAGCAAAAAGCCUGCUGAAGAUGGUCAACUGAUUAUUCUUGCUGCUGGGGAGAAGCAAUUGUAUGAUGAAGCAAUCCCUGCUUUCAAUGUCAUGGGGAAGAAAUCUUUCUUUUUGGGGCAAGUUGGAAAUGGAGCAAAAAUGAAACUUGUUGUCAACAUGAUAAUGGGCAGUAUGAUGAAUGCAUUUUCAGAGGGACUUGUCCUGGCUGACAGAAGUGGACUGGACCAGCAAACCCUUCUUGAUGUAUUGGACCUUGGUGCCAUUGCUAAUCCAAUGUUCAAGCUUAAAGGACCUGCUAUGGUACAGAACAAUUACCCCCCUGCUUUUCCUCUAAAGCAUCAGCAGAAGGAUAUGAGAUUGGCCCUUGCCCUUGGGGAUGAAAAUGCAGUAUCAAUGCCUGUAGCCGCUGCAUCUAAUGAGGCAUUCAAGAAGGCUAGAAGCCUGGGCUUUGAGGACCAUGAUUUUUCAGCUGUUUACGAGGUAGUAAAGGCUCCUGAACAUUCAGCAUAGCCAGUUGACAAGCAUGGUCUGGUACAAAACAAGGGAUAGACAUGCCCCGGCAAUCAUGUCUAAAAACUGUACAUCCCUUAGUGUUUAGUGAAUUGAACACCGUUCAACAAGCUGGAGGUACUGAAAUUGAUUUAUACCCACAUAUAUGGAAGGUCAGGUGAUUUAUGCAAUAUAUAUAUAGCUUGAAUGUUGGCAGCCCACUAUUAGAUAAAAAUUUCAUCUAGCUGGAUUGAUUGGGUCUUUUGGGAAAUCUUUAAGGUAUACCAUUUUGUUUGAAGUUUGAACAA